AUGAGACUUCCCGUUAUAGCGUACGACAUAGCCUCAAGACGAAAGGUUUUGGGGACACAGCGCACAUACUGGAGCACCUAUGAUGCUCCUGCCUCACAAGCACAUGCUAUAUCCCCCACGUUGGGAUUGAACAAACAAGAACGUCCUUUCACAGAUAGGGACGACUUCAAAAAGGGCACUGAUUUUUUGCGUGCGCUCUUAGAAAGAAGCUCUCCUAGUGGAGGACUGGAUGCUAGCAUGGUGCCCCUCAGUAUUCUACUACAACAGGGAAACGUUAAUUUUAUGGCGGAAUUUGUGUUUCUCGGGCCUUUGUCUGACGACAGGGCUCAGAGGUACUACAAUGAGUGGCGGAUACUUACUAAACAGACACAACUGCAGCUGUGGACAAAUCAGAUUCCGGUGGAGCAACGAAUUAAUCUAGCCAAUCUCAUGAUAGACUCUCUGGGCCGCGCAACUCCGUCAGCCUUGCAGCCUCUUCCUUCUGUCCCUGCACUAUUGACCCUGCCUCUGAUGAUUCUAGGCUCUACAGAGCGAGGGUUCCCUGUUAGCUCAUAUUCUAAAGAGGAUCUAUCGGUGUUAGAAUGCCUUAGGUCUAUUAUUAUCACCCUAAUCAGGUGUGGAAAUCUCCAAGAUAUCGUUUUGUCGACUUUUCUUCAGCCUAUCAACAUCUCUUUCUUCAAACGCUUAUUGUCUGCAAUGCAUUAUUCAGAGGUCUUUACCAUUUUAUCCGAGACACUUUCAACUACUCCUAGUUACUCUGGAACAGUUGCUCCUAUAACUACGAUUCGUAAUGCACUAGUGAAGGAGCGGCUGCUUAAUACUCUUAUGGGAUUUAUCUAUGGACAGAAUCAAGUGCGAGGAAUGGAGCACUCGCUGGCUCUCUCCUCUGCUGAGUUUCUAAUGGGUUUUUUACUUUCGGCCCCGGUGCCUCUUCAGAGGACGGUCUUGAUGACGAUAGCGCCAGACUGCAUAAAGUGCACUUUUGAUGUAGCGACCAUCACCAGCCCAAGCACACCAGUGACGUACAGCCUUCGUCUCAAGCAGCUGGGGCUGUUCACUGUGCUUUGUUUCUGUGUCCUUCUGCAAGAUGCCGAAGCCAACCCCACCCUGGUGUCACCUGACUUGGCAUCUAAGAAACCGCUUGGUGUGACGACUGAUAUUGACCUCAGGGGUCGCUCGAAGAGCAACAAGCCAACAUCUUCAACUAGCACGCCUUGGCUGGACGACAAGGAUAAGCCGCUUAACCCUCUGUUUCAGUAUUACCUAGAGGCUGUCGUUUCCUUCUCGAAUAUUUUAUCUAGCUGUCUGCGCUCUGGAACUGUCACAGCCCAACUUUUGAUAAUUCUCAAAACGUUUGCACUUCUAUUGACCGUACGGUCCACUCCAAUGAACACAAAUGACUCUUUUUAUGGGGUAUUUGGGUCGACCCCAACCGACUCUAACCUCGUUAAGCUGUUGAAUUGCUUCUUAUCAGGAUCCGUAAACCCCAAUAUCACAGGCUACAGUAUUCCAGCCCGUUUCGCUUCUGAAAAGACAAUCACUAGGAAUAUAAUGCUUAAAAUCUGCUUUGAGUUAGAGCGCACGGGGUCCUAUCGGAACCUUAUAGAGCUGGCGCGAUCUAAUCCACACAACUCCAUCCUUCAUUCAGCGGUUGCCCAAAUCUUUCUCAACACUGCAAUUCUAGGUUAUUAUAGCCCCAUACUAUUUAAGUUUCUUCUGCAAUCAUCCAGAUUAAGCGAGUCCCUUAGUGAGAUGACGUACAUUCCUGCGCCGCGUCGAACCUCUUUUUAUUGCUUCUGCAAGGGAAUCGUCCAAGGGUUAAUCAACAUAUCGACAGGUGCCACAGAGACACACAUCCUUUCUCGCCGCUUGGCAAACCUCCCUCUACUGCAAGGCAUUUAUCAAACAGAGAAUCAGGUUAUUCUGGCUACUGCACUGUCUGGUCUUGCUGUGUUCCAGAAAAAUAGUCCAAACGAUACCAGGUCGCAGCUUGUUGACACACUCAUCAAGGACUCGGGGUUAGUAAUCUACUCUAAAAAUGUGCUAGAACUUCACUCCUUACAAGUUGCUGCGUAUGACUUCAACCACAAGCAAUUUAUGCAGAAGCUUGUGGCUGCAAAGGCUGCUUCACCAGUGCUUGGAGGUAGCCCUAUUGAAUCUUCUCCUCAGACAGGGGGCAUGACUGCUGCCCGGCAAGGACAGGAGACUGGUUCGGAAAGGUCUAGGAACUGGCGCGCAAGCACUCCUCUACCAAAAAGGAGAGAUGCUAAAGGUAAAAGAAGCUCUCAGCCGACUUCAGCGCAGCCUGCAAGAACACCUUCUGGGCCUACAGCCACCAUUGCUGCUCCUGCCGCAGGUCCUAGUACGGCUCCGCCAACCCUAGGGCCAUCAAGACAGCUAAGGCCUCGAUACGAAAAGACUGAGAUGCGAGGAGAAGCUACUCCGCAGCUAUCUCAGACAGAGGUCUUACCAUCUUCGAAGACUUUCGCUGGUGCUCCUGUGUCGAGCGUAUUUGCUGCCAACGAUGACGUAGAAAGAUUCAGCCCCAAUACAGCACCACCCAAGCAACAGCCUUUGGUUUCAUCGCUAAGCCUGGAUUACAAUAGUAGGAUGACUAAUCCUCAAAACUAUUCGCCAUUAGAAAGACAAUAUCCCGACAAAGUUUCGCCUCCCAUGAUGUACACCGUCACCAACAGCAACAUUCAGGGGAAAAUAUCUGACAGAUUGUUCGACUCGUCGAUAAAGGAACGCCGCGCCACAUUCCAAUCUAGUUCUAGAACAGAGCAACCGCGACGCGGAAGUACGACAGUAGUGGGACCGAGUGGAACAAGCACACAAUACUAUUCAGCAAGAGGUCUGGGUAGGAACUCAUAUAACAGUUCACAAGCAUUAUACACUACUUCAUAUGGAACCCCUGACUCAACGAUGCACUCCACCAGGAGCUAUGACGGGCUGCCCAUAAGCCGUACAGACUCUCCGUAUCCAGAGUCCGGGUCAUUUACAAGCCGGGCCCCACAGUCCUCAGGCUCGCUCACGAGAGGCUACACAGAUCGGAGUACAGACAGAUUUGACCAAAAGUAA